AUGGCAGAUGCAGGGUCUUCGUCCAACCCGAACUUCGUCCAGGAAUACCAACGCCUCCCUGCGUUCAUGAAGGUGUUCCACCGGGAACGAUGCAAGGAUGACAUGCGACUCCCCGACGAUUUCGUAGGGAUACAUGGUCAAAACAUGCCGUUCGAUUGCAGGCUCGUGUGGCCGAAUGGCGGACGCCAUUUGGUACGAAUUCUGAAGCUUGAGGACGGAUUCUUCUUUUCGACCGGAUGGAGACAGUUUGUUGGUGCAACCGGCGUCGUACACGGUGAUCACCUCAUCUUCACCUUGGUGGAUGUAGGAAUUUUUACUGUCAAGCGGUUUAACAGAGGGACGCUUUGCCCCCCGCCGGGCGACGUUGACGGUGUCGUAGAGGACGCGAUGGAAGGUAGCUACGCCCCGGACAUCGAUACGUCCGACGAUUAUGUUCCAUCCGAAAUUGAAUCUGAAUCAACGAUGGAUGACGACUACGUUGAUGAUAGCAGGGCACUCACCAUCGACGGGCUGCCAACAUUCGUGUUUACGCUUACCGCGACAAAUAUCAAUCGCAGCCUUGAGAUCCCAUAUGGAUUUUGGCAACGCCAUAUUCCAAUGGGGGCUAUACAAGCGGGCGUGUAUCUUGAGACUGAAAGGGGACGUGGCUAUGUGAACUGA